AUGAUCGCACAGCCUGUCUUCGUGGCGGCACGCCUAGUCCUGGCCGAGCGUGUGCUGCUGCCACUGAGCUUUGUGCUGCCACUUUGGGGCACUUUCCUGCUUCUGCUGGGCUUGCUGUUCCUGGAGCAGUUUGUGCGGGUGGGCCUUCUA